AUGACCCAGCCUCUUCCUGCUUGGGCCGGCGACGGUAAACGGUUUGUGCCUACGCAUCUAAAUAGCGGAACGACGCGGUCGUCCUUUGAGACAGGCGAAGAGAUGCCGUCCUCGUUUCGACGGACCUCGGUUUCCGGCUCGAUAUUCUCUGCACAGGGCUCAUCGUUUGGUGCACCGAAAACCCUUCGCAAGCCAGCUGACGCUGAUUUGCCACCAAGUGAGUCGAUUCACAUCAACAGGACCAAAGAUUUAAGCGAGAUAUCUUUCAAGACCGAGUCUAAACCUGCUGUCACUCCGUCUCGCGAUACAGCCGCGCACCAGGACACUGCUGUCUUGGUGUUUGGGUUCCCAGCCGGGAUGACUAUGGCUGUAAUUCAGCAUUUCUCGCAAUUCGGCACCAUCAUUGAGAAUUCGUCCAACGUCGUUAGUGCUUCUCCCAAUACGUCGACCCCACCGGCCAUUGAGUGUGGCCGUAAUUGGCUUAGACUACGCUACAAAGACCGCCAGGCUGCUGAACGUGCAGUUGGCGAGAACGGCCGCAUGCUUCCCGGAGAAUUUGUUGUUGGUGCGGUUUUGGCUGAUGGAGGUGAUGGCGUGCCUGCUCCCUCUGCAUAUAACUCACUACUUGUUGAUGAGAGCGAUACGUCGAUUUUGGCGGAUGUGUCUUCCAUCCUCGACAAGUCGAUCACUGGAAAGCUCCCAGAGCCUCAACCGGUUGUAGAGCCGUCACCUCCCAGCUCAGCCCCCAGCGUGAGCGAUCCGGCCAAGCUGGUGAUAAAAGCGCCCGCCACGUCACUAUUCAAACACAAGGAGAAACACGGCGUGACUCUCCCGCACCUAUCUAUUCAUGCCCCGGAGUCGUUGGAGAAAGAGAUAGGAUGGCUGUCUUGGGGUGCCAAGAAAUUGCGUGAGGCGGUGUUUGGAUGGGAUGACCUCUAG